GAUUGAGCGGAAGUGCCUUGAAACAUUGCAAGAGGAGAAGUGUAUUGAGGAAAGUAACUGCUGUGUCUGUCACGAGCGCGUUUUCCAGAGGUUUUUUUUUAACAUUAGUACCUGCGGUUUACUGACCAGUCUCGUUUAGAAGAGAUGGAUCUAGAGAAUAAAGUGAAAAAGAUGACCCUGGGACAUGAACAAGGAGCAGGGGCCCCAUGCCUGAAGUGCAAGGAUAAGUGUGAAGGAUUUGAACUCCAUUUUUGGAGGAAGAUCUGUCGUAAUUGUAAGUGUGGUCAGGAAGAGCAUGAUGUUGUUAUCACUAAUGAAGAAGACAAGAAAGUGGGAAAACUUUUUGAAGAUACAAAAUACACUGGUCUUAUUGCAAAACUUAAAACGGAUGGUGUGCCUGUCUACAAGCGCAACAUGGUGACUCUUACUAAUCCAGUAGCAGCCAAGAAGGAUGUAUCCUUUAACACUGUUACAUAUGAGUGGGCCCCACCUGUCCAAAAUCAAGCAUUGGCUGUGCGCUAUAUGGAGUUGCUACCAAAAGAGAAACAGCCAGUGGCUGGCUCGGAAGGAGCACAGUAUCGCAAGAAGCAGUUGGCUAAGCAGUUGCCUGCUCACGAUCAAGAUCCUGCAAAGUGCCACGAGUUGUCUGUUAAUGAGGUGAAACAGAUGGAGCAGUUUGUGAAGAAAUACAAGAACGAGGCGCUUGGGGUUGGUGAUAUCAAACUCCCUGAUGAAGUAGAAGCGCAAUCUAAAGAACAAAGCAAAGGUGAUACUGGUGUGCGAAGUACAACCGCUGCAGUGGGAUCAGUGGCUGCACAGCCUGACGAUAAGUAUGCAUGCUUCCGUUGCAAGCUGAACAUGAAGAAGGGUGACCCAGCUGUGUAUGCAGAGCGGGCUGGCUAUGACAAGCUGUGGCAUCCUGCUUGCUUUGUAUGCUGCGUCUGCAGCGAACUUCUCGUGGAUAUGAUCUAUUUUUGGAAGAAGGGCAAGCUGUACUGUGGCCGUCACUACUGUGACACCGAAAAACCACGUUGUGCUGGCUGUGACGAGCUGAUAUUCAGCAAUGAAUAUACCCAGGCUGAAGGGCAGAACUGGCACUUGAAGCACUUCUGCUGUUUUGAAUGUGACUCUGUUCUCGCCGGAGAAAUCUAUGUGAUGGUGAACGAGAAACCUGUCUGCAGACCUUGCUAUGUGAAGUUUCAUGCUGUGGUGUGCCAAGCCUGUCAUAAUGUCAUUGAUCCAGAGGCUCAGCGUGUUACAUAUGGAAACCACAACUGGCAUGCCACCUCGGAGUGCUUCCUGUGCUCCUGCUGUGGCAAGUGCCUGAUUGGCCAGAAGUUCAUGCCAGUGGAGGCAAUGUUGUUCUGUUCAGUGGACUGCAAGAAGAAGUUGAUGUCUUAAGCAGAGGCACAAUUAAAUGCCAAGUGUGGUAUCUUGUUUGCGAAUUCUAACUUCUGGUACUGAUAGGUUGUGAAUUGAGGAAUUACUCUGAUUUCAAAAUGAAAGUAUGUGCCAAUCAAAGUAAUAGGUUUUGCAUGAUUGUAACUAGAGAAUUUGUUAGUGAAAUCACCUCCUGUAAAACCACUUAUUUUAUGCAAAGCAUCUUUGUUCUGAAGAUCAAAGCUGGAAACCACAUUUAUAAAAAUAUAAGAAAUGACGUUCCUUUUUGUUACUCAGUAGUACAAAAUGUACCUUUUGUAUUUCCUUUUUGCUUAAAUAAAAUUUCAGUUGAUA